AUGGUUACAAAAGUUGGAAUUAAUGGGUUUGGAAGAAUUGGACGGUUGGUUCUUCGUAUCGCCCAAAAUUAUCCCGAUAUCAAGAUUGUAGCCAUCAAUGAUCCAUUCAUUGACCUUGAUUACAUGGCUUAUUUGUUUAAAUAUGAUUCCACGUAUGGAAGGUUUAAAGGAGAUGUCGAAGUAAAGAGCGGAAAAUUAUUUAUUAAUGAAAGUGAAGUUUGUGUAUUCACCAAGAAAAAUCCCGAAGAAAUUCCUUGGGGAGAAGUUGGAGUUAAAAUUGUUGUGGAAUCAAGUGGUGCUUUUACUUCCACCGAAAAAUCAUCUGCUCAUCUUAAAGGGCGCCGAGAAGGUGGUUAUAUCAUCACCAGCAGAUUGUCCAAUGUUUGUAGUAGGACCAAAGUAAUUCAAGAGAAUUUUGGCAUCUUGGAAGGAUUGAUGACAACCGUACACGCCACUACAGCCACACAAAAAACCGUUGAUGGACCUUCGUCUAAGGAUUGGAGACGUGGUAGAGGAGCAUCACAAAAUAUUAUACCAAGUUCAACUGGAGCAGCUAAAGCUGUUGGUAGAGUGAUUCCUGAAUUAAACAAAAAAUUGACCGGUUUGGCCUUUAGGGUUCCGCCUACUAUUGUUUCUGUAUUAGAUUUAACACUGAGAUUGGAAAAAGAAACUAACUACGAAGAAAUUAAACAAGCCGUUAAACGAGCUUCGGAAAAUGAAUUGAAAGGUGUAUUGAGUUACACUGAAGAUGAUGUCGUUUCUUCGGAUUUUAUUGGCGAUUCUCAUUCUUGUAUUUUUGAUGCGAAGGCUGGAAUACAAUUAAGUCCUACAUUUGUUAAACUUAUUGCUUGGUACGAUAAUGAAUAUGGGUAUUCUACGCGCGUUUUGGAUUUAAUUACUCAUAUGAUAAAAGUAGAUGUAGAAAACAUUCAACCAUCUAGCGCUAAUGAUAUCUCUUUAAAUCAAUCGAUUUUAAAACCAUCCUCUUCAUCACUUCAUAAAGCCGAAGUUUCAGACUCAAAUUCUGAACAAGUGGAACGAAGGCUUCAUCAACUUCAACAAGAAGCAAAAGCAAGAGAAUUAUGGUCACAAAGCGUAGAAUAUACAAAUAGGAUCAUAUUUACUCGACCAAAAGAAAUUUAUGAUUUUAUUAUAAUCGGUGCUGGUAGCGCAGGAUGUGUAUUGGCUAAAGAAUUAAUUCAUUCCUUGCCUAACAUAAAUAUAUUAGUAUUGGAAGCCGGGCCGCCUCCUGCUCAAAUUAAUGAUCGUAUUUGUUCGGUUUCCUCUCAUGCUAGUAUUUGGAAAACAUUAGAAGUUGAUUGGGGAUAUUUUACGCAACCACAAACUAUACAAAGUUGUACGGAUCCAAGUAAAACGAUGAACGUGGGAUCAUUUAUCUAUCCGAGGGGCAAAGUGUGGGGAGGUUGUAGUAGUGUUAAUGCAAUGAUAUAUAUAAGAGGUCAUCAACUUGAUUAUGAAGAAUGGGCAUCACAAGGUCCUGAUUACAGGAAAUAUUGGAAUUGGGAUAAAUGUCUUGAAGCAUUUAAAGCGAUAGAGAAUAAUCAAAGGAAAGAACAAGAUGAUGAAUUUAAAUAUUAUCACGGACAAGAAGGAUUGUUAAAUGUAGAAGAUUAUCUUGAAACCUUUGAUAUCUUAAAGGAUUCAAUUGAAGCUGCUAAACAAUUAGGUAUACCAUUUAAUAAAGAUUUUAAUGGAACCAAACAAAAUGGGGUAGGAAAAUAUCAGUUAACUUCAAAGGAUGGACAAAGAUCUUCAUUUGCAAAUGGGUUCCUUAAAGAAGCAUUAAAUAAAAGAACAAUAACAUAUCCACCUUUUAAACCGAUCGGAGGGCCAUAUGGUUGUUCACAUGGAACAGGAAAAUUAUCGGCUGUUAAUGUUAAAUCUACUUCUCACGUAUUAAAUAUACUUUGGGAUAGUGACAACCUUUCGGCUAUUGAGGAAGGGAAAAAGAACGUCGCUAAAGGUGUCAAAUACUUUUAUCAAGGUUGUUUACACGAAGCGUAUGUUGCACCCAAAGGAGAAGUAAUCCUUUGUGCUGGGGCUAUUAAUAGUCCUCAAAUAUUAAUGUUGUCAGGAAUUGGUCCCAAAAAACAAUUGAAUUCUCAUAAAAUUGAUGUGAGAAAGGAUUUACCCGUUGGUAAAAAUUUAUUAGAUCAUCCAUUAGGAUUCGUUACGAUACGAACCGAAGUACCAAAUUCUACCAUGAAUACAACAUUACAUGAAUGGUCAAGCGGAACGGAAGUUGGAAUGUUUUUUAAAGCUAACGACAAGGGAAGAUUACCAUCUCGAGAUGAAUUAUUACACGAUCGUCCGGAUAUUCAAUUAACAGCUGCAUCUACUAUAUGGGAUCCGAAAUUAAUGUCAUAUACAGGAGAUGCGAUAACCUUAGCACCUGUCUUGAAUAAACCAAAAAGUGCUGGGCGAUUAGAAUUGACUAGUUCAAAUCCGUUUCAAUCUCCUAAAAUUUAUUUGAAUUUUUUGGAUCAAGCUGAAGAUAUAUAUAAAAUGAUUAGUUCAUUUAAAUUAACUUUAGAAUUACUAAAACAACCAGCUUUAGCUAAAUGGAAAGUUAAAGAAGUUGGAUUAUAUGACGAAUAUUCUGGCGUACAAAAGGAAAUCAAGGAGAAAAUGAAAAACAGAGAUGAGUUGAAUGAUGAUGAUUGGGAGGAAUUUCUCAGUAAAAACAUGGCACCAGAAGAGAAAGGGGGGGUAGUAGAUCAUAAAUUACGUGUGUAUGGAUGCGAAAAUUUACGCGUGGUUGAUGCUUCAAUUUUCCCAACCAUACCUGCUGGUAAUACCAAUGCGCCUACUGGUAUGGUUGCCUGGAGAGCGAGCAGAUUAAUUGAAGAUGAUUAUAAAAUCAAAUUAUCAUUAUGA